UCGGCUGCCCGGCCAAUGCGGCGCGGGGGCGGGGAUUGUUUGCGUCGCGGCCGGAACGGAAAGUGGGUCAGCGCCGGCGGAGCGCGUUGGCCGCAGGUGAGCCGCGCCGGCCCAGCCCGGCCAGGCCCGGCGGUCGGCGCGCUGACCUUGCCGGCGGUCAAACCGGCCCCUCUUUGUUCUCCGGUGGUGGCGCUCGGGUUUCUGGGCGGAGACCUCGGAGCCAGGUGCCAGCAACAACGCCGUAGCGAGAUCCGCGAGCCUCUGGCGAGGGAAGAAGCAACCUCUGGCCCCGCGGAGGCCGAGCGUGGCCGCGGCCCGGGACGUCUCUGGUUCAUUCAUUGGGUUCCUACUGUGUGCUCCUGUGCGGCGCUCACCCAGCCCCACUGCCGCGGGGUGUUGGGCGCGGCGGCGUUCGGCCCCUUUGUGGGUGGCCGGGGCGAGGUCCUUUCCACUAUGGCCCGGCGUCCACGGAGUAGCAGGGCUUGGCACUUUGUUCUGAGUGCAGCCCGCCGAGACGCAGAUGCCCGAGCUGUGGCUUUGGCAGGCACCACUAACUGGGGCUAUGACUCUGAUGGGCAGCACAGCGACUCAGACUCUGACCCUGAGUACUCUUCCCUGCCACCAUCCAUCCCCAGUGCUGUGCCUGUGACAGGAGAGUCCUUUUGUGACUGUGAGGGCCAGAAUGAGGCUACCUUCUGCAACAGUCUACAUACAACACACCGUGGCAGGGACUGCCGUUGUGGUGAGGAGGAUGAGGAUUUUGAUUGGGUCUGGGAUGACCUGAACAAGUCCUCAGCUGCCUUGCUGAGCUGUGACAACCGUAAGGUCAGCUUUCACGUGGAGUACAGCUGCGGCACUGCGGCCAUUCGGGGCACUAAGGAGCUAGGGGAUGGCCAGCACUUCUGGGAAAUCAAGAUGACCUCUCCUGUGUAUGGCACUGACAUGAUGGUGGGCAUUGGGACAUCAGAUGUAGACCUGGACAAGUACCACCACACAUUCUGCAGCCUGCUUGGCAGGGAUGAAGACAGCUGGGGCCUCUCCUAUACUGGGCUCCUCCAUCACAAAGGUGACAAGACAAGCUUCUCUUCACGCUUCGGCCAGGGCUCUAUUAUUGGCGUACACUUGGAUACCUGGCAUGGGACACUGACCUUCUUCAAGAACAGGAAGUGCAUAGGAGUGGCUGCCACUCGGCUGCAAAACAGAAGGUUUUACCCGAUGGUGUGCUCCACAGCUGCCAAGAGCAGCAUGAAAGUCAUCCGCUCCUGUGCCAGCUCCACCUCCCUGCAAUACCUGUGCUGCUAUCGCCUGCGUCAGUUGCGGCCAAACUCAGGGGACACCCUUGAGGGCCUGCCCUUGCCCCCUGGCCUCAAGCAAGUGCUACAUAACAAGCUGGGCUGGGUCCUGAGCAUGAACUGCAGUCGCUGGAAGUCCCCCGGACCUCCCUCUGGCACAGCCACAACUGGUGCCACGAGCCCAGAAACCAGGCCCUGUCAGAGGAAGCGCUGCAGAAGAAGCUGACUUCUCCAGCUGGAGCGCAGCUGCCUUCUUCUGUGCCUUCCAGGGCAGCAGCAGAGCGAGAACUGAGGUCUGUCUAGGCUUGUCCCCAUCUCCCUGAAGCCAGGACGAUCUUCCUGUUGGCCAUGGAGCGUGGAAGCCAUUCUGCAUGUGCUGGUGGGAAAGCCGCAUCUGUGCUGUGGGUUGCUGUGUGUCUCGGGAACAACAGCCCAAACACUUCUGGACCUAGAUUACAAGCCUGGGAUGCUAGCUGACUCAGAGUGAUACACUCAGCCCAGGGAAGAAGACAUGGGCUAUCCCAACCCACAGGGCCUUGAGGUUUUCCUGACUUGCAACUGCAUGUUGUCAGCUCUUGCCCAUUACAGAGAUGUCAGUGGGUGCCCUGUGAAGGGUUUUUGUCUUGUUCCCAUAGGCUAUAACAUUAAAAGAGUCCUCAGUAGGGCCUGA